AUGUCCUUUACAUCUAGACUGCCAUCUCCAAAAAACACAAAAACUAAUAAAUCUACUUAUCGUAUACGGCAACAAUUAAUCAAUAAAUUCAAGGCUAAUGUAUUAUCCCAAGAUUUUGACGAAAAAUCCAGGAUAUUAGACUCACAAGUCUCAGAGCACAUCAAAUUUAAUGAUUUUGUUCCACUUAGACAGAAAAAUUUCAACUUAGAAAUUCCAUUACCAACUGAAGAUGAAAUAAAUGAUACCUAUAAUCGGACAAAAUUGAAAUUAGAAGAACUGCUGUCAAAUCUAAAUACAGUGAAUGCCUCUAUGCCUAAAAAUUCAUUAAAAGCUAACAGAAAUUCGUAUGAUGUCGAAUACAAGUCUAAAAACCUUGGUAGCGAUGCGUCUGAAUCUCGCAAUAUUCGCAUUAUCGAGCAUGCCAGUGAUCCAUUGCAGCCCAACAUGAUUAAACAGAAAAAAAACCAACUACUCCAAACUGAUGAAUCAGAUAUACCUAUUUUACAUAAAACAGGUGAAUCUGAUAGACUAUUACUGUCAAAAGAAGAAAAGGCAGCAUGGAAUAUUCCAUCUGCGAUAUCGAAUUGGAAAAAUCCUAACGGGUUUGCAAUUGAUUUGGAUAAAAGAUUAGUGUCAGAUAAGAAAAAUGAUCCUCAAGGUAUUAAAUCCCUUGAAAUUAGUUCGAAAUUUGAAGAUAUUUCUAAUGCCCUAGAGGAGGCUGACAAGAAGGCUAGAGAAACAUUAAAAAUGAAGGCAAUGGCUAAAAAAUUAAAAUUAGAAAAAGAAGAAAUGGAAAGGGAAGAGAAACUUAAGCAAUUAGCUGUGAAAGUUCAUGAAGAGAGACGGCAAUAUCAUAGAAUUAGGAAUACUGACCUUAGCUAUAGACAUAGAGAGGAUAAUAGAAGAAUAAAGAAGGACCGAUAUGAAAGAAAAGUAAAAAAUUCUGAACAAGGUGUGCUACAUAGCUUUAGAACUCUUUCUGAAACAGAUGGCAGAGAUAUUUCUCAGAAAGUUACUUUGGGUGCUACAAAAGCAACUGAAACUCCAGAAGUUCAGUAUGAUUCUAGAUUGUAUUCUCAAGGUGCUAAAUCGAAUGCAAGAAUCCAUGAGGAUCAAACUUAUCAGAGUCCUUUGUUUGCCCAACAGAAUAUCGAUAGCAUAUACAGGCCUAAUUUGAUUAAAUUUAACAAUGAGCUCAGUGAAGGAGGUUGGAAAGAUACUAAAAUUGGGAGACCUAUUGAGUUUACAGAUGCUGAUAGUGAAAAAGAAUCUCCAAAUUGA